ACUGAUAGUGAUGAAUCAAAAGACUCAAUAGAAUACCAAAUAUCGUCAUAGGCUGUUAUCAUAUUUCGUAUUUUUACAUAUUCUCACGGAACAUUUGUUUAGCUCCAGUUUUCGAUCGACUGUGUCUGUCCAAUCGUGUAUAAAAUAAUCGGAUGCGUGUGUAUGUUCGGUAACAUAAGUAGUCUAUAUGAGUACAACCAUGGCAACGCUAAACGAUUCAUUCAGAGUCACUCGACGGGACAAUCGUAAUUUAAACGCUAAAAAGCACAGCACCAGUGCGAGCUUCAAGACUGGGGAGGUUAAAGCUGAGCAGCCUUCUGAGGACGAAUUGCGGCUUUUGAGAAGCUUUGAUUUGGAGUCUGAAUAUGGUCCUAAUGUGGGAAUGACUCGGAGACAAAGAUGGGAUAGAGCUGCUAAAUUUGGAAAGGAGCCUGAUCAAGCCAUACUUGACCUUCUGAAUAGGU